UAACAUUCAUUUCCACCCUUCGACUGAAUCCGAGAGUUUGUGGUAGGCGAUAGGUAUGUGUUAGACUCAAGAGCCUUACUGCUGUGCGGAACAAACGGCUGCUGCUUUUGAGGAAUUGAAUUUGAUGGCUAAGAGUCUGAUGAUGAAAGCGGUAUAAGUGCGCUGUUGCUGUUGGAAAAAGAAACAAGACAAGAUAUUGUCACAAUGGACGAGUCCUUUGAUCCUCUGAAAUGUAAUGAGGACCUGUCUCCAUCACCUGGGUGCCACAUGGAUUAUGAUGAUAUGCCAGACUUGCAGGAGGUGGAGGAGGACCAGAGGUCUCCGGCCUUGUUCCAGGUGGGAGCGGUGUCUCAUCAGGGGCUCAGCGGCGCCCCAAACACCAACUGGCUCGCUGAGUUGGCCAAAAUUGCCACCAGUCCCCAGAGUCCUUUGCUAAAGGAUGCUCUACACAUAAGGUCAUCUCCAGUUCACAUCUUUGGCAACAGCAAUAAUUUACAUUCCUAUGCCCGGCCCCCAUUAGCAAGCAGUGCACCCAACCCGUCCAGAGGCCACCUCGGGGAGCGCAGACGUGUCAGGGCCAGCAGUGAAUCGGAGUCUGGGGUUUUUUCAAUGUCCUCCUCGUUUUCUGAUGAUGAAGACAUGGCCUGGUCUCACUCGUGGCCCUCAACAGCCUGGCACUGCUUCCUGAAAGGGACUCGCCUACGUUUCCAUCGAGGUCCAAAUGUGGAGUGGCAGGAAGCUGACGAACUCAGGGAUUCAGACGACGAGUCCGACGAUGAAACUAUGAUGCCGUCCUCAUUCUCUCUCAAGCGCUAUGGCUCAGAUGGACUCAAGUUGGUGAGUCAUGAAGAGACGAUUUCUUUUGGCCAGGCAGUUCUUAAACUGACCUUUGACUCGGGCUCAAUGGAAAAAGGCCUUCUGACCGCAGAAUGCAGACUGGACCACCCAUUUUUUGUCAAGAACAAAGGUUGGUCUUCAUUUUAUCCGAGCCUUACAGUGGUGCAUCAUGGGAUUCCUUGCUAUGAGAUGCAACUUGGAGAUGUGUGCCUGCCACCAAACCACCCAGAUUCCAUCAACUGUGAUGACUCUGUUGUCUUUGACACAUUCAGAAGCUAUGACUUCACCCCCCUGGACUCCUCAGCCGUAUACGUCCUGAGCAGCAUGGCCCGCCAGCGAAGGGCCUCCCUUUCUAGCGGGGGCGCCAUCAGUCCAGACUGCGAGAAGCUGGAGCGCUCCUGCUCGCCGCAGUCUUCCAGCAGCAAAUCAAGCAGGAGCCACAACUCAGGGACGGCCAGCGGCGCCACGCCCACCAAGUGCAAGCGGCCCAUGAACGCCUUCAUGCUCUUCGCCAAGAAAUACAGAGUGGAGUACACCCAGAUGUACCCUGGGAAAGACAACAGAGCCAUAAGUGUCAUCUUGGGAGACAAGUGGAAGAAGAUGAAGAAUGAAGAAAGGAGGAUGUACACCAUGGAGGCCAAAGCUUUGGCUGAGGAACAGAAAAGAAUCAACCCGGACUGCUGGAAACGCAAACGAACCAACUCGGGUUCCCAGCAGAUCUAGAUGUUCCAGGCAGAACCCCCAGCAACUGCUAUUUUAGCAUGGAGAGGUGCUGAAGAGUCCCAAGGACCACUUUGUGUCUCUUCUCUUGCCUGUAUUCUCCAGACUCGACUGUGAUGCUUUUGUUUUUGUAACCUGGAAAAAAAAACCCCAAAACAAUGAAAUAUAUUCAAAAACAUGUAAUCAAGUCACUAACUGCAUAUAUUUUCUUAUAGCUCAGACGUUUUUCUCCCCUUGAACAACACGUUAAGCCUUUCUUCUACUUCAGGUCAUUGUGGGGGAGAACUAAGUCUGUGGUGCUUCACCAUAAACGGAGCAUCAUUUUUUUUAUUAUUAACUGUAUAAAUGGGAAUUUUAGAAGACCCUUUUUCUACAAGUGUUCAUAUUGAUAUUUGUACGAUUCAAUAUGUUGCAUAAAACCGUUACCCUUUCAUACGCUUUGUAAUAGAGUCUAUAUUCCGCUGGUGAAGAGUUUUUUAAUGCGGCCUGCUCUCCAGUAUGCGACGCAGGUCCACUCUCAGCCAAACGGCGCCUCACUGCGAGUGUUCACCCUGUCUGCACUUUAUAUAAAUACGCAAACAUGUCUCAGUAAUUGUUUGGUGACAUCACCACAGUCAUGGUCCAGCAGCCAUGCUCUGCGCUGCUUUUCAGGUUGCCAUUGAAUUUAAACUGCUUUCUUCAUUUUGUACAGGUUUUGACCCAACAACGACCUCUUGCACAAAUAACCUUGUAUCAUAUUAUAAAUAAUUUUUUGUAAAAACUCCUCCA